AUGCGUGUUUUACUCGCGUUUGCUACGAACAUCUUAUUUUCAACAACAUUUGCCUUCGCUCUUCAUCCAGCAGCAAAUGCUUUUAGGACCAAAGAAGAAGUGUUGCCUCCACACGGUUGGGUCAAUCAAGGCAAACCUUCCCCUGACCACUUCAUAUCCUUGCGCAUUGGCCUACCUCAAUCCAACUUCCCUUCCUUGGAGAUGCAUCUUUAUGAAGUAAGCGACCCAGAACAUGAACGUUAUGGCCAAUAUUUGUCGAAGGAAGAAGUAGAGGCCCUUAUUACUCCUCCUGCCGAAAGCUUGCAGUCAGUCGAUGAAUGGCUCAGUGGUCUUGGGAUUUCAGAAGGGGACCUUACGCGUUCACCGGCAAAGGACUGGAUUAUGGUUACACUGCCCGUCAGCCGUGUAGAACAAAUGCUCGAUACGACCUACUAUGUUUGGGAGCAUAUCACCAGUGGUGACAGACUGGUCCGCACAACGAGCUAUAGCCUCCCAGCCCAUAUCCAUGGCCAUAUCGAAGUUAUCCAACCAACUACCUUGUUUGGUAGGUUCAAGGCACAAAGGUCCACUAUCUUCAACAUCGAAGAGGCACCCCCCAAAUUGUUCGAAUCCACAGCGUCUGAAGCCGCUACAAUUAUUACAGACAAAGCAUCCAACGUCGUUGUUGAUGCCAGCUGCAACACAACCAUAACAAUCUCGUGCUUGCAACAACUCUACAACGCCGUUGGAUAUGUUCCUUCGGGAAAUCCACGAAAUUCCAUCGGUAUUACAGGAUACCUGGAAGAAUUUGCUAACAUUCAAGAUUUGCAAUUGUUCUUCGCCGAUCAACGCCCAGAUGCUCUCAAUUCAUCCUUCUCGUUCUUUUCUGUCAAAGGAGGUCUUAAUAAUCAGACACUCUCGGAGGCGGGCGCAGAGGCCAAUUUAGACGUACAAUUUGCCUUCGGUUUAUCCCAUCCUAUUCCUGCUACAUUCUUUUCGACAGCUGGGCGCCCUCCAUUUAUCCCUGAUGUGAAAACGCCCACAAACACCAACGAACCAUAUGGUGACUGGCUCGACUUUGUUUUGUCAUUGAAAAAUCCACCUUUGACCAUUUCUACCAGUUAUGGAGAUGAUGAACAAACAGUGCCUGAAAGUUUCGCAAGACGCACUUGCGAACAGUUUGCUCAGUUGGGUGCCCGUGGUGUUUCGGUGUUAUUCUCGUCCGGUGAUUCUGGAGUUGGAGAUGGUGUAUCAAAUCCUAAUGCACCUACGAAAUGCCUCUCCAAUGAUGGUAAAAAUACAACGAAAUUUUUGCCCGCCUUUCCUGCAAGCGUUACUGCCGUUGGGGGUACAGCUCAUAUUCCUGAAGUAGCUGUUGCUCGCGGCACCUUCUUUUCGGGAGGAGGUUUCAGCGAAUACGCUUACCCGGAUGUCUCCGCACAAUCCGACCGUUAUCGUAUAUUCCUCGCUGGCCGACCAGUUCUGAUUGGUGGCACCUCCGCAUCAUCCCCUGCUUUUGCAGGCUUUGUAGCAAUGCUCAACGACGCUAGGUUCAAAGCUGGCCUAGGAUCUCUCGGAUUUUUGAAUCCUUUGCUGUACAGCUUUGAUGGUGCCGGAUUCAAUGACAUAACCGUCGGUAACAAUGCUGGGUGUGGAACAACAGGCUUCAAUUCUAACUUUGAACAGGCUACAAAAGGUUGGGAUCCAGGCAAGUGUACUAUAUAUCUCUUCUUGAAAGUCGUACGCUGA